AUGAAGCGUGGGAUACCACUCCACCAGCCACCACCAGCGACCGGACGCACCGACUCACCGGCCGCCCAGACAUAUCGCCGGCAAAAGAAACGGCAAAGAACGCUGCCACCACCACCCACAAUAGACCCGAAGACAAACCCUGCGGGCGAAAUGCUACCUGAAGCCACCACUCCCACCGGCCACAGCCACAAACGGCCAAGAACACAGUCACCACUAAGAUCAGAGCUGGAACCCACCAUUGCCAUACAUCCCGCAGGACUCAAAGAAAGUGGUACGCCCACUGAUUCCACCAACGCUGUGCCCACUGAUGCGCCCACGGACUUGGCAAGCGCUAUGCCCAGCGAUGUGCCUAGCGAUGCGCCUACUGAUUUCACCAGCGCUAUGCCCAGCGAUGUGCCCACCGAUGCGCCCGUGGACUUACCAAGUGAUGUGCCUAGCGAUGUGCCUAGCGACACACUCAGUGAUAUGCCCAGCAAUUUGCCCAGCGAUUUGCCCAGGCCAGCAUACCCAGAUCACAUCGUCAAAUCACUGACAUUCAACAAAAUUUCUGAGCGCACCAGGCUGCUUAAAGUUUCAUCCCUACCAUAUCACCCAGGAAAAUACAUCUGGGAUACUGGGUUGCCACCCAACUAUCUAGCAUCAUUCAGUAUAACAGGCCACUGA